AGAUAUCUCGUCUCCAGCUCUAUAAAAAGUUGGACAGAUCAAAUGCCUAAUUCUCACAUUCAAAUCACUAACUAUGGCCACCAACUCUGUCGUUGCAUUUGCGGACCAAACUUGCACCUACACAAUCAAUAUCCAGACAGGAACGAGAGCCGACUCGGGCACAGAUGCGAUCAUAGGGAUUGUACUGGCCGACCAAUCCGAAGAGUACAUCGAAAUUAAAGACCUAGUGAGUUGGGGUGGGAAAAUGCCAGAAGGUCACGACUACUUUGAAAACGGUAAUCUAGACAUCUUCAGUGGGACGGAGCGGUGUCUUCCAGGCCCAGUAUGUUUUAUGAGACUAAACUCUGACAACUCCGGCUACAAGCCGGGAUGGUAUGUUGUGUACGUGGAUGUAACGACGAGCAAGCCUGGAAGUGUGAGCAAGCAUCAACGCUUCACAGUGGAGCAGUGGCUUGCCGUCGAUGAGCCGCCGAAUCAGCUAUAUGCCGAGCGGAGCAACUGCCCUGUCUGAGAUCAAGAAGAAUCUCUAUUCAAUCGUUUGAGUCAAUAAAUCAAUGCGGGUUGAACAUUGUGUUGUGAACGUUUAUUGGCUAUAUGUGCAUUAAAUAAAAUUGUUGUCUUGUGUGCUAUUGCCCAAAUGUAAAUUGAAUAAAGCCUGGGAUGGCAAAUUGGCAGUUAUAUAAAAUAUCCAAUUGAAUAAAAUUAUAAUGCUUUUGUUAUAGGUGAGAUGGAUGAUUAGUUGGACUUUGUUCAUUUUUAGUUUAAUGUAUUUUUGAAUUAUCAAACUUAUUAAUCAAUUAGAUUAGGUAUGGGUACAUAAACCGAGAACCAAAAACUGAAUCAGAAUCGGACCAAUGUUCAUAAAAAUCGGUACAGUUUAUAUGUUUUUGGAACAAAAAAAAGUGAAACCAAACUUGACUGAUAA